UGCUAGGCGGGCGGAGCGCGGCCCGGGCACCGAGAAUGAUGAAGUCCUCUGUACAUACAGAAGAGGAUGACUUUGUUCCAGAGCUUCAGAGAAGCAUUCAUCCCCGAGAGAGGCCCGAUUGGGAAGAGACUCUCAGUGCUAUGGCGAGAGGUGCAGAUAUCCCUGAGAUUCCAGGGGAGCUGCCACUUCGGACGUGCGGCAGCACAGCGAGCAUGAAAGUGAAGAAUGUGAAAAAAUCCAUCAACCCGGAACUGAUGGGCUGUGAUGCCUUUCACAGGUUAUCCUUUACCAAAGGCCACUUCCCGAAGAUGGCAGAGUGUGCACAUUUCCAUUAUGAGAAUGUGGACUUUGGCAACAUACAGCUUUCACUCCCGGAGGAACAGAAUGAAGUAACAAGGAACGGCUGUGAAUCCAAGGAACUGGUCUACCUUGUGCAAAUCUCUUGUCAGGGCAAGAGCUGGAUUGUGAAACGGAGUUAUGAAGAUUUCAGAGUACUUGAUAAACAUCUCCACCUAUGUAUCUAUGAUCGGCGUUUCUCUCAGCUCUCAGAGCUACCCCGCUCCGAUGCCCUGAAGGACAGUCCAGAGCUUGUCACCCAGAUGCUGAUGGCUUACCUGUCACGGCUCUCAGCCAUCGCAGGCAACAAGAUCAACUGCGGGCCUGCCCUCACAUGGAUGGAGAUUGAUAACAAGGGGAAUCACCUGCUAGUCCAUGAAGAAUCAUCCAUUAACGUGCCUGCCAUUGCGGCUGCCCAUGUUAUUAAGAGAUACAUUGCUCAGGCAGCAGAUGAACUGUCCUUUGAGGUGGGAGACAUUGUGUCCGUUAUUGACAUGCCGCCAAAGGAGCUGACCACAUGGUGGAGGGGUAAACAUGGAUUUCAGGUUGGAUUCUUUCCGAGUGAGUGUGUUGAGCUAAUUAAUGACAAAGUUCCUCAAUCUAUGACCAACUCUGUGCCAAAACCAGUGUCAAAAAAACACGGCAAACUCAUCACUUUCCUGCGAACAUUCAUGAAGUCGCGCCCAACGAAACAGAAACUGAAGCAACGCGGGAUCCUGAAAGAGAGGGUGUUCGGGUGCGACCUGGGAGAGCAUCUCCUCAACUCCGGCCAUGAUGUCCCCCAGGUCCUCAAGAGCUGCACCGAAUUCAUUGAGAAACACGGCAUUGUGGAUGGAAUAUACCGCCUGUCGGGAAUUGCGUCAAAUAUCCAGAAGCUACGCCACGAGUUUGACUCGGAGCAGAUCCCCGACUUGACUAAAGAUGUUUACAUUCAAGAUAUCCACUGUGUGGGCUCCCUCUGUAAGCUCUACUUCCGCGAGCUCCCCAACCCCCUGCUCACAUAUCAGCUGUACGAGAAGUUCUCAGAUGCUGUGUCCGCUGCUACAGAUGAAGAGCGAUUGGUUAAAAUUCAUGAUGUCAUCCAGCAACUACCCCCACCGCACUACAGGACGCUGGAGUUCCUAAUGAGGCACUUGGCUCAUCUAGCUGAUUACUGCUCCAUCACAAACAUGCAUACCAAGAACUUAGCAAUUGUCUGGGCACCAAACCUACUGAGAUCGAAACAGAUAGAGUCUGCCUGUUUCAGUGGAACAGCUGCCUUUAUGGAGGUCCGAAUCCAGUCGGUGGUGGUGGAAUUCAUCCUGAAUCACGUCGAUGUCCUCUUCAGCUCCAAACUCAGCUCAGUCAUACGAGACGGGGCAGGGCCUCAUUGUCUUCAGCAGAGUAGAUUUGCUGUCAGUCCAGCUUUCCAUCCAAGAGGUCACACUUCCUUAUCACGCCCCAAAUCACUGCUGGUGUCCUCGCCCUCAACUAAGCUGCUCACCCUGGAGGAGGCACAAGCAAGGACGCAAGCCCAGAUCAACUCCCCUAUAGUGGCAGACAGUAAAUACAUUGAAGUGGGAGAAGGCCCUGCUGCAUUACAGGGGAAAUUCCACACCGUCAUAGACUUUCCAUCUGAAAGAAAAAGACCGCCCAACAAGAUGAAGAAAUCCCCUGUUGGCAGUUGGCGCUCCUUCUUCAACCUGGGAAAAUCCUCUUCUGUCUCCAAGCGGAAACUGCAGCGCAAUCCAAGCGAGCCCUCCGAAAUGAAAGCCAUAGCGCUGGCAGGUGGGAGAGGAGAUAGCGGGACCCUGCGCUCGGCUAAAAGUGAAGAGUCUCUCACUUCCCUGCAUGCUGUUGACGGUGAAUCUAAACUGUUCCGGCCUAGAAGACCCAGGUCCAGUAGCGAUGCGCUGUCUGCUUCCUUCAACGGGGAGCUCCUGGGGACCGUGAACCGCUGCAAUUCUUACGAUAACCUGCCCCGUGACGAUGAGAGCGAUGGGGACGAGGGGCUGAUUCACGUUCCUGCCCUCAUCUCUCCUAGGUCGGCGGAAGAUGUUGACCUGAGCCCGCCGGAUAUUGGAGUAGCUAGCCUGGAUUUUGAUCCUAUGUCUUUUCAGUGCAGUCCGCCCAAGGCAGAGUCUGAGUGCCUGGAUAGCAGCAUCUCUUUGUUGGAGUCCAUGGGUUUUCACAGGGACAAGCCAAGUGUAGCUAAGAAGGACUUGGAGUCUGGUAGCCAGAGCCAGACCCCUGGCAGUGCCACAAGCUCUGAACCGGUGUCCCCCUUCCAAGAGAAAAUGAGUCCCUUCUUUACUCUGGACCUGAGCCCAACUGAGGAGAAGGCAUCCAAAACCCACUCCUUCUCGGAGAAGGUCACCCGUGCCUUCUCGCCUAAGACGGGGCGAAAGCCGAUCGAGUCUCCGCCGGUGACUAUAUCGGAGCCGGUCUCUUUGACGCCGCCCAGACAAGCGUGCGAAGGGAUGCCUGCCGCUGCGGGGAGUGCGGCUUCUUCAAACUGGAGCAAAAGCAUCAAUGAAGCCACAAACAGGUCCCCGACCCAGACGAUGUCUUUGCCCCUGAAAGCCAGCGAGGUGGCAGCAGGUGAGGGAUGCCACCGAGAGGCCCAGACCCAGCUGACUGCUGCCAAGCCAGAGUUGCGAGAAGAAGGGGAGCGACCCGUGCCGAGCGGCCAGAAUACGACUGUACCUUCUGGACCCACUCAGCCAGGAGCAGUUGCCCUCGACUCCCCCCAGGAUCCCGUUCCUGUCAGUUCUGUGUCUCUUGUCCCUCCUCCUCCUCCGAAAAAUGCAGCACGCAUGCUGGCCUUAGCGUUAGCCGAGUCCGCGCAGCAAGCGUCCACUCGGUCCCAGAAGAAGCCAGGAGACGCUCAUUCUGACUGUACAAAUUACGGAGAGACUGACAUUGGUAUAGCUAUAGAAAAGGGCCACCUCUCUGCUGGGGCUGCUCCAGACAAGCUCCAUCUGUGUACUGGUGUUCCCGAGAACCAAAUCCACUUCCAGAGCGGGGCACCUGUAGACCGGGCCCUCACUAGGACACCUGGGGACUGCAAUCAUCUACACAGUAGUACACCUGGAAACAGGGACCAGCCCCAUCCGCAUACUGGCGUGCCUGGGGACCUGCAUAGUGGCACAAAGGUGGACUGGAACCACUCCAACUUCCAUACCGGAACGGUGGGAGACAAGGACCGCUUCCCCUCCCGUCCGGGUGGCCCUGGGGAUUGGGCGCACGCUCCUCUCCAUGCAGAUGCUUUGCUUGGCCGGGAACCAUCCGCAACAGAUGUGCCUAUAGACAAGCCACACCUCCAUACUUGCGUAUCUAUGGAUAAGUAUCACAUCCCUGCGGAGAAGCUUCAUCUCCCUGCCAGCACAGCCGAUGACAAACUCCAGCCUCCUCCUGUAGCUGCCAGGGAGAAAACCGCCAUGGCUACAAUGACAUACAUGACAACUAUCCAGGCAUCGGCAACUGAGAUGAAUCAUGGAACAGCAGGUCAGCACACGGCCCCUGAACCCACCGCUCAGGCAGAUGUUACUGUCACAGCUGCUCAGCGCAUUCUUAUGGCCAAUUCCCUAGCACCAUCUCAGAGACAAGCAGACCAUCAGCCAGCCAUGGGACAAGUUCCAGCCGUAGCCACCGGAGGAUCGAGUGGUUCCAACCAGGUACGAGGAGCACCGCCUCCAGAGAAGCCGCCUGAGCCUCGACUAGCGGAGCCUGCUCCGGUUUUUGUCACCGAAAGUAGCUCCGCUAUCCGCUGUACCUCAUCCACCGCUGCGUCCCACCGGGGCCAUUUGGAAAAGUCCCGGGAGAACGUCAGGGCUCCCUCUUUGCACCUGCGUUCCGAAUCGGUCCCCGCACACUCCUCUUAUGGCUUUGCACCCCCCAUCCCGCCCGUGAGAACGCUGGAGAGUAAGAUAGCUGCAGCCAUGCACUCCAACAGUAUGGAUGCAGGGAAUACCUCCAGUUACCAUUCCUUCCCGGCUUCCGCCGUUCUGCCAUCGUCGGGGGAGGAGGCUUUGCCCCCGCCGCCGCCACCGCCCAAGCACGCCUCGUUGCAGUCUGCAUACCUGCCCCAUCCCAAGCCAGAGAGCACCCCCGAGCCGUCCGUGCCAGAGAACUAUCUGCACCACAAGCCAGCAUCCGUCCAUCAGUACAGGCCGGAGAGCGUCCCGCCACAUCUCUCCUACCACGGCAAGUCCGACCAGCACCAAGCUUACGCCUCCAGGUCAGAAACGCCCGCUUCCAUGGUCCCCCGCUACCCCGCCUACGCCAGCCAAGGGAAGAAUACGUCAGCCCAUCACUCCAAGCCUCGCGGCCGCGUGGAGUAUGCGUCCUCCAUGAGCCCUACCGCCCUGCGGAGCACCGGGUACGCUGAGGAGGCUCCGCCCUACCCCACCAUCCGCAGGGUGCAGUCCCUGCACGUUUCCGCCCCUUCCGCCAUCCGCUCCGUCCCCAUUUCGCGGACAGAGGUGCCUCCCGACGACGAGCCCGCGUACUGCCCGCGGCCCCUUUAUCAGUAUAAGCCAUGCCAGCCCCACUCGGAUUAUCACGUCACUCAGCUACAGCCUUACUUCGAGAAUGGGCGCGUGCAUUACAGGUAUAGCCCUUAUUCCAGCUCGUCUGGCUCCUCCUAUUACCCCACAGCAGCGGAUGGGGGCUUUUAUGACCUGGACCCCUACAGCACGAUGCGGCUCAGGCAUUUCCACCCCCUUCCUAGCCGAGACUUUGCAUCCUACACCUCCAGGCUGCAAAGUAAGAAUCUGUACCGCUAUCCCGGCCUGCCUGCCUAUCCUCGGGGAGGCCUGAUGAGCCACCUGGCAGGAAAAGAGCACAGCUUUAUCAGCAGAGAUGUGCCCCCAGCCCCGGACAUCAAGGACACAUACAUGUCAUGGGAUCUGGAGGACAUGGAGAAAUACCGCCUGCAGUCCAUCCGCCGGGAGAGCCGCUCACGCCAGAAAGCGAAAGGGCCGGUGAUGUCCCAGUACGACAACGUGGCUCCUCUGCUGCAGGAGGAGCUGGUGGGGCUGGACAUCAUCCACCUCCGCAGCAAAUCGGAUCCUGGGAAAACUGGUCUCCUGACUGUAGCCGAAGGAAAAGAAGGGAGAUAUCCAACCAAGGCAGCCACCCCCGAAGGGGACGAACGUUACUAUCUGCAGCGCUCCGAGCCGGAGCCGGACAGAACCUAUUACCACGGGGCCUAUGGGAACGGGCAGUCAGAGAAGCCUUCCCUUCCCCAAAAGCAGAGCAGCAUCAGGAGCAGAAAGCUGCACGAGCCAGAGCACAGGGGACACCCGCAGCAGGAAGCAAGCCAUCGGCAGCCUUCGGAAUCCAAAAACGGGCCCCCUUACCCAGACUACAGGCCAAAGGGUGGCCAGGAACCCAUGGAGCUCGUUGGUUUCCAGCACUCGGGUGGGAAGUACGUCACGGCCGGCCAGGAGGCCCUGCGACCUAACCACAAGGAGGCAAAGCUGGCAGAGGACCGGCCAGACUCGGAAAGGCCUCGAGCCAGGCAAACAGCCCCUGGCGAGAAACACACCAGAGACUGCUAUAAUAAAGAGGAGGAGCACCACGUCCAACCCAUGGCACCGCCUCCCAAGCCAGAACGGAGCCACAGCCUCAGAAUCCGGCAUCCGGAGAACAUGGACAGGGACCCUGGCCUCCCGUACCCAUACCAAACCCUUGGCAAACGCCAAAGCAGUCUGACAGUGGUGUCACAGUAUGAUAAUUUGGAGGAUUACCAUACCAUGCCUCAGCACCAAAGAGGGGGCUACCUUGGAGGAGGGGCGUUCAUGCCCCCUGGCUUUCCCCAUUCACACAGUAGGACAUAUGCCACAGCAUUGGGCCAAGGGGCCUUCCUUCCUACAGAGCUGUGUUUGCAGAGGCCGGAAACAGAGAUCCAUGCCGAGUGAGCUGGGGGGAGGAGGGAUAGAGCCUAAGCAGCCUCUGCUGGACAGUGGACUGUUUUAUUUUUUCAAUGACAAAAUUAAAAAAAAAAAACCCCACCCCCCUGAGCAAAGCAAACCCACUCUCAGCCCUGCCACCAGCUCACCACUCAAUGUUUGUCCUAGGUGUAUAGUUUUCUUUCGUGUCCUUUGAAGGUUGGAAUAAUCGCACAGGCUGUGUUGGCAUGUGGAAAGAUGAGCCAGGACCCAGAGAGGCAGAGCAGAUCUGAAAGAGGCAUGGUGGGGAGGGG